AUGGCCAGUCAUUUCCCAGGUGUUCUCAUUUUCAUUGCCCUUAUUUUCUCAGUAGAAGGUAGCAAUGUGUCGACCGUAACAGCAAAAGGUGCUCCUGUUAAGCAUCAGUCCCCGUGGAGGUGCUUAGCCAUCAUCGGUGUAUGCGACAACAAGACAUUGAACGACACUCGUUGUAAAGUGUUGUGCGUCGAUUACUUUACAGAUCUUAAUGAGUUCGGGUAUUGUGAGCAGAUGCCUGGUGUUUCGCAUACCUUUUGCUAUUGCGAAUAUAAUUGCUAUAAGCAUAGAAUUGCAAUGCUCAACUAG